AUGGAGGUCGCUCGUACCUCCUUGGUUCAUGCGGCUGCCCCCCACUUUCUGUGGCCGUUUGCAGUCCGAUACGCUGCGCAUCAGCUCAACCUCUGGCCCCGUGUCUCCUUGCCUGAGACUUCUCCGACACUGCGUUGGACGGGAGAGGCUGGCGAUGCGUCGCGUUUUCGGGUCUGGGGAUCCCGAGCUUUUGUCCGCGACACGUCCGCGGACAAGCUCUCCCGUCGCGCUGUCCCCUGCGUCUUCCUUGGCUUUGUCCCGGACGCCCCUGGUGCUGAGGUACCAGACCCCCUCCCCCCUCAGGGUGCCGCUCCCUCAGGUGUGUCCCAGGUAGACCCGGGUGAGCCUGUCGAGGUAGCUGUUGACUCUCGUCCUGCUCGGGGUACUGAGCCUGGGGGUGCUGCGUCUGGGGGUGCUGAGCCUGGGGGUGCUGCGUCUGGGGGUGCUGAGCCUGGAAGUGCUAAGUCUGGGGGUGCGGAGCCUGGGGGUGCCGAGCCUGGGGGUGCGGAGCCUGGAGGUGCGGAGCCUGGAGGUGCUGAGCCUGGGGGUGCUGGGUCUGGGGGUGCUGCGUCUGGGGGUGCUGAGCCUAGGCGUGCUACACCUGGAGGAGCCCUCUCCUCCCAGCAGCUGCAGGAGAGGUACCUCGAGUACUGCCGCCUCCGGAGAGGUGCUGCUGGAGCUCGUCCCGGUACUUCCCCUCCUACCCAGGAGCUCCCCCCCAUUCAGCAGAUCCGCGAGUGGUACACACGGCGCUGCAGUCUUCGGAGUGGUGCUCCUGGUGCUGCAGACCCUGGGGGUGGCGCUGCUGCUGGUGCUGAGGACCCGGACGUGGGAGCUGCUGCUGGUACUGCGGACCCGCCUGGUGGAGCUACUGCUGGUGCUGAGGACUCGGACGUUGGAGCUGCUGCUGGAGCUGAGGACCCGGGCGGUGGCGCUGCUGCUGGUGCUGAGGACCCGGACGGUGGAGCUGCUGCUGGAGCUGAGGACCCAAACGGUGGCGCUGCUGCUGCUGCUGAGGACCCGGGCGUUGGAGCUACUACUGGUGCUGAGGACCCGGCCGGUGGGGCUGCUGCUGGUGCUGUGGACCCGGCCGCUGGAGUCUCCUCUGCUUCUGGAGACGCUGCGCGGCCGCGACCGUACUUCGUACCGCUCCUUCAGCAGGUUCUUGGGCAGGCUCCUCCUCCUUGUCCUCCUCCCUCCGUAGAGUGUCCUCUGCCUGUCCAGCCGCAGUCACUGUUACCGCCUACCUCGCCUCUCCCUGCUCCCUCUCCUUACACUGGUCCCACAAGAGGUCUUACAGAGCGUCGUGAGCCUGAGUCUCGUCCUGCGUCGCCUGUUCGUCCUGCUCGCACUGGUAGUCGUGUCCGUCGUGAGCGUCCUCCUCCUGUCCCAGGCACUCACUACAUGACUCUGCGUCCCUCUACUGCUCCUCAGCGUGUCCCUCUACCGUCUCCUCCUGCGUCUUCUUUGCCUCACGUUCCGGACCCUGAGUCUGACCGGUACCGUGCUGAGCACCCUACUGUCACGCGUCUCCUCGCUACUGUUGUCACUGACCCUACCUUUGAGUCCUCGACUGCGUCUGCUCUGGUCGCUGAGUUGGUUGACUUUGCUGUUGCCUGUCGUCUAGACUACGCUGCUAGCCUUGUUGCUGAGUUUGAGUCUGAGUCUGAGUCUGUCUGUCCUCCGUUCGUCGGGGGUGAGUGUGCUCUUGGCACGGACGUCCUUGAGGACAGACAGGAGGAGUUCCAGUGUCUUGCUGCUGCUUUGCCCCGUCUCGUGUCCUUGCUAGUUGCCCCUGAGGGAGACCCGGAUGCACCAGGCAUCCCGACCCCGCGCACUUACGCUGAGGCGAUGGCGGGGUGA